GAGAGAGAGAGAGAGAGAGAGAGAGAGAUGGCGAAGAGCAAAGUCUUGAUAGUUGGUGGAACGGGGUACCUGGGAAAGAGAUUGGUGAACGCGAGCUUGAAGCUAGGGCACGAGACUUACGUUCUUCAAAGGCCGGAGAUCGGUGUGGACAUAGAGAAGGUGCAGAUGCUGCUGUCGUUCAAGGGACGAGGGGCGAAACUCGUUCCGGGCUCCUUUGACGAUUACCAGAGCCUGGUCGAAGCGGUUAAGCUGGUGGAUGUGGUCGUGUGUGCAAUCUCCGGCGUGCACAUCCGGAGCCACCACGUUCUUCUUCAGCUUAAGCUUGUCGACGCCAUUAAAGAGGCCGGAAAUGUUAAGAGGUUCUUGCCAUCUGAAUUUGGCACCGAUCCCGCGAGGAUGGCCAAUGCAAUGGACCCCGGAAGGGUGACGUUCGAUGACAAAAUGGUGGUGAGAAAGGCGAUCGAGGACGCCGGGAUUCCGCACACGUAUGUGUCGGCGAAUUGCUUUGCCGGCUACUUCCUCGGUCUAUGCCAGCCGGGGAAGAUCAUCCCCUCUACAGACUCUGUGCUGUUGUUAGGAGAUGGUAACCAGAAAGCGAUCUACGUCGACGAAGACGACAUUGCCAUGUACACCAUGAGCGUAGACGACCCUCGGGCUCUCAACAAGACCGUGUACAUCAGGCCGCCUAAGAACAUCCUGUCUCAGCUCGAGGUCGUCGGCAUUUGGGAGAAACUCAUCGGGAAAGAUCUGCAGAAGUCCUCCAUCUCAGCUCAAGAUUUUCUGGCCAUGAUGAGAGAGCAAAACUACGCGGAGCAAGUCGGACUGAUUCAUUACUACCAUGUGUGCUACGAGGGAUGCCUCGCGAACUUCGAGAUCGGAGAAGAUGCCGUCGAAGCUUCCGAGCUCUAUCCGGACGUAAAUUACGUCACGGUCGAAGAGUACUUGCGGCGCUAUUUGUAGCCAGGAACUCGCAUCGCAAUCUGCUACUUCAUCGAACGAUAAUCAUGUCAAUCAACGACACUUGUAUUCUUUCUCACGAAAGCAAAAUUUAACAUUACUCUAAUGUGGUGAUGUGCUGUGUCAUCUCUCUUCUUGAAAUCAAAUUUACCCAUUUCGAAUUCCAAUACAUGUUCUUUGGAUUCAAUGCAUAA